GGGCUUCCAGCCGCGUCGCGGGAAAAAUCCGGAGCGGCACACGCAGGCGCGGCCUGGGGCUUCGAGUUUCGGAGCGUGCGCAGAAGGCGUCGGAAGCGCAUGCUCCGUGGCGGUCGGGGCUCGGCGGAGUACCGCCGGCGCUGGCCUCCGCGGCCCGCUGACUCCAGGCCCGGCCGCGGGCAUGGCGGCCAGCUUGUGGAUGGGCGACCUGGAACCCUACAUGGACGAGAACUUCAUCUCCAGGGCCUUUGCCACCAUGGGAGAGACAGUGAUGAGCGUCAAGAUUAUCCGAAACCGACUUACUGGGAUCCCAGCUGGCUACUGCUUUGUAGAAUUCGCAGAUUUGGCCACAGCCGAGAAGUGUUUGCAUAAAAUUAACGGAAAACCCCUUCCAGGAGCCACACCUGCAAAACGUUUUAAACUGAACUAUGCCACUUAUGGGAAACAACCAGAUAAUAGCCCUGAGUACUCCCUCUUUGUGGGGGACCUGACCCCAGAUGUGGACGAUGGCAUGCUAUAUGAAUUCUUCGUCAAAGUCUACCCCUCCUGUCGGGGAGGCAAGGUGGUUUUGGACCAGACAGGCGUGUCUAAAGGCUAUGGUUUUGUGAAAUUCACAGAUGAACUGGAACAGAAGCGAGCCCUGACAGAGUGCCAGGGAGCAGUAGGACUGGGGUCUAAACCAGUGCGGCUGAGCGUGGCAAUUCCUAAAGCGAGUCGUGUGAAGCCAGUGGAAUAUAGUCAGAUGUACAGUUACAGCUACAACCAGUAUUAUCAGCAGUACCAGAACUACUAUGCCCAGUGGGGCUAUGACCAGAACACAGGCAGCUACAGCUACAGUUAUCCCCAGUAUGGCUAUACCCAGAGCACCAUGCAGACAUAUGAAGAAGUUGGAGAUGAUGCUUUGGAAGGCACAGUUGGGUUUCUUUUUUUCCUGCUUCUGGUUUGUGACUAAAAUCUAGUAUGUUGAAAGUGGAUUAAAGAAUGUCUCCCCAGUGGCUUUCAGGCACAUCACUCUUGCUUUUGAAUAUCUGUAUCUGUAUGAACAUCUGAACAGAUAUGUAUGUAUGCGUCCAAUUACAUGUUUUAAGUGUAUAUCAAUUGAAAAAAAAAAAAGGUGAGAAAACUGGAAAUAACUUGAAAAAGAAACACAAACACAAAUCAACUAUAGGAAAAGUUUAAAUGUACUAUUUAUAUCAGUCAUGGUUCUCCAGAGAAACAGCCAAUAGGACAUAUGUAUAUAUAACUGUAAAGCAGUCCAGCAAGCUUAAACUCAGGCAGGAUUUCUUGUAAACACUUGCAGAAUUCCUUCUUUGGGAAACCUCAGUUUAAGGCCUUAAGGCUGUCAAUUGAUUGGAUAAGACCCACCCACACUAUUGAGGAUGAUCUCCUUUAUUUAAAGUCAUCAUGGCAGAUGUUAAUCACAUCUACAAAAUACCUUCACAGCAACAUCUAGACUAGUGUUUAACCAAACAACUGGGCACCAUAGCCUAGCCAAGUUCACAACUAAAAUUUAACCAUCGCACUAAUAAAUACAAAUUUAUAAAAAGUUCUUACAAUGUUUAUAACCUUUGAAUCAGUAAUUUUACUUGAAAGAUUUUAUUCCCAAUGAUGAUAAUCAGUACAGAUAAAAUAUUCAGUAGAAGAUGUUAAACAAUAAUAGUAGUCUUUUUUAUGUAUAAUUGACAUACAUUAUAUAACAUUAGUGUUGUAUUUGUAUAAUGUAUUUUAGAUGUACAUGGUUCAAUUUGCAAAAUGACCACAAUAAUUCUAGUUAACAUAGUCACUAUACAGUUACAGUUGGCCUAGCACCAUUUAUUGAAGAUUAUUCUUUACCCAUUGAAUUGUCUUGGUAUCCUUGUCGAAAAGUUUACUAUAAAUGUAUGGAUUUGGUUUUGGACUCUUAA